CGGCCCUUCGCGGCAGCCGUAGCGCUGACGUCAUCAGGAGGCGCCGCCGCCGCGGGAAGCGAUGGCGGAGCCCGGCUCGCCGGGCCGUGAGGAGCUCGGGGCCGCCGCCUCCGCCCCGGAGCCGCCGCCAGCCGCCGCCUCGUCUCCCCCGGGGCCCGGAGCGGCGGCUGCGGAGGAGCCGGAAGCCGCGGAGGCGGCGGCUGAGGGCGAGGCGGGAGAGGCCGGCGGGGGCGGCGAGCCCAGGGCGGAGGCGCAGGCGGGGGAGGUGAGGAGCGCCGAGGGCGAGGCAGUGGACGGGGAAGACCCGAGCCUGCAGCCGUCCGCGGCCAAGAAGGUGAAGCUGGAGCUGAAGGAGAGGAAGGAGAAGAAGCACAAGGUGGACGAGGAUGAGAUCCAGAAGAUGCAAAUACUGGUCUCUUCCUUCUCUGAAGAACAGUUGAAUCGUUAUGAGAUGUAUCGCCGGUCUGCUUUCCCCAAAGCUGCUAUUAAACGGCUGAUCCAGUCAAUUACUGGCACCUCGGUCUCUCAGAACGUGGUUAUCGCCAUGUCCGGCAUUUCCAAGGUCUUUGUUGGAGAGGUGGUGGAGGAAGCACUGGAUGUAUGUGAGAAGUGGGGAGAGCUGCCACCUCUACAGCCCAAACACAUGCGAGAGGCAGUCAGGAGGCUCAAGUCACGGGGACAGAUACCCAAUUCCAAAUAUAAGAAGAUCAUCUUCCACUGAAGUAUCUCAACAGCAGCAAGAGAAGACAGAAGUUAAAACAAGCUUCCAGUUGGGUACUGUGUAACCUCAAGAGCUGCAGCAGAGCUAUGAGGCUUAAGCACUCCAAGCCUCUGUGGGUGCCUGCCCAUAUUGUUCCCCAAGGGCCUACAGGAAAACAAACCUUGAUGCUGAAGUUGCACUCAAUUUGGCUUGGUUUUGGGUUACAAAAUGUAGCCAUUAAUACUCUUGGCAUGGCUGAUGGGGUAGGAGGGCAGGGGAAAAAGUGCUGCAGCUGAAGUUCAGAGUUGCCCCAUUGAGCUUACUGGGGUAUUAGAGCCUCCCCUUCAAGGAGCCUGUAAAUACUUUAUUGUGUGUAGACUUUCCUUUAAGCAACCAUGGUGAGGCUUCCUAAAGUAACUGCUGAAGUCUGGCUUGUGAUCUCAGCCAUAUGCAGAAGCAGGCACACAACUGACUCAGGGCCUCAAGGUCCUAUAUGUCAACAGAUCCUUGGGAUAGGAACCUUCAGGGUCUUCAGGGCAUUUACCCAACGUGAUCAUACUUUCUGCUGGUGUGGAUGUAGUGGUGUCUAGGUACAGAAGUGUCUUUUUGUACAUUAAACUUGUUAUUGUUUUCAUA